AUGGGCGCACAGGAAAGCAAAGUGAAUUUCAGAGAUGCUGUUAUAAACCUCACUAACAAGGCAAGCAAACAGGAAGAUGAUUCAUUUUGGGAGCAACUGUGGUCGUCUGAAAGUAUUGAAAGCGCGAAUGAUCUCUUUGCAAUGAUUCCUACUGAAGACAUUCGUAAGCUGCGCGAUGAAUCUCCGAAAAAUCUUGCAGCAUUGAGCUAUAAAGCUCUAGAAAAGAUAAUGGCCUUUCGAGAGAAUCCGAUUCCUGCAGAUUCCAAGAAAGUUAUUAACUGCAUAAGAGUUUUGACUCGUAUCAUGCCAUAUAUGCAAGAAGAUCCUGAAUGGCGAGGAUAUUUUUGGACUUGUAUCCCGCAUGGAAAUGCUCAAGUACCUAUGGCUUCAUUGUUGUUGUCGAGCUUGUCGGAUCUGUUGUUCUGCCCUGGUUUCACAGUGCCAAUGAGAAGCGACAAUUCAAAUCGCAUUAACUUGCAAGCAGUCGACUCAUGUGAAUAUAUAUGGGAAGCAGGUGUUGGCUAUAGUGCAAAAACACCUGCCAACGCGCAGCAUGACAUACAUCGCACAGAUAUUCUAAAACUACUAUUGACCUGCUUCUCAGAAUUGAUUUAUACCGGUGUGAACGAUGAGAACAGAAUGCGAUGGCUCAAUUGCUUCACGUCUGCCGAAAAUCGGCACGUAUUACCAUUAUUCACUUCCCUUCUGAACAUUGUUUGUGCAUACGAUCCAGUUGGAAUGGGUGUACCAUAUAACUAUCUGAUAUUCAAUGAUACCAGAGAACCAUUAGUAGAAGCUUCCAUUCAAGUUCUUGUUGCCUGUCUUGACUGGAAUAAUGAUCAUUCAGACGAUGAGCAAUGUGCUUACAAAGAAAACUUUUUCUUAAACUAUUUAAGUCGUAUUCAUAGAGAAGAAGAUUUUGAUUUAAUGUUACGGGGUGUUACAAAGUUGUUAAGCAAUCCGUUGCAAACCUCAUAUCUACCAAAUUCUACAAAAAAAGUUAGCUUUCAUCAAGAGCUUUUAGUUUUCUUGUGGAAAUGUUGUGAAUACAAUCAGAAAUUUAUGUUUUAUGUUUUAAAAACAUCAGAUGUUCUCGAAAUAUUGGUUCCAAUACUUUAUCAUAUCGCUGAAGGAAGGAAUGAUCCAACUCGCGUUGGAAUGAUCCAUAUGGGUAUAUUUCUUAUACUUCUGCUUAGUGGUGAAAGAAACUUUGGAGUUCGCUUAAACAAACCAUUUGACAAUAAGGUUCGAAUCGAUGUUCAACCAUUUGUUGGAACACAUGCAGAUCUUCUCAUUCUGGUAUUUCAUAAACUUAUUACAACAGGAAACAAUAGAUUGCAAUCCCUGUUUGACUGUCUUCUCACAAUCAUCGUUAACGUAUCUCCUUAUUUGAAGUCGUUGUCUAUCGUUGCUGCUAACAAGCUUUUACAUCUCGUAGAAGCAUUCUCAACUCCUUGGUUCCUGUUCUCAUCUCCUACGAAUCAUCAUCUGGUUUUCUUCCUGUUGGAAGUAUUUAAUAACAUCAUCCAAUAUCAAUUUGAUGGAAAUUCCAAUCUUGUUUAUACAAUAAUCAGAAAAAGACAAGUGUUCUAUCAGCUCUCUAACCUGCCUAUAGACGGUUCUUCUAUCGCAAAAAUAUUGGCUAGCAAGAAAGGAAAAUCGACCGAUAUGGAAAUCGUUGAAGCUCUGAAAAGUCCAACUGCUGAGACAGCUCCUACGCUUUUGACUUCUGAGACAACAGCUGGUCUUGCGGCAACGCCAAAAGCUUCAAGCAUGACAGGAAACUUGACAGAAUGGGAAGGAAAAUCGGCUUCAACCACUACUAAUGAAUGGCAACCUACUACGGAAUGGGCUGAGCAGUGGAUGGUCAAGCUUCCUUUACAAACAAUUUUGAGACUCUUACAAGUGUUAGUCCCCCAAGUAGAAAAAAUUUGUAUCGAUAAAGGCUUGACAGAUGAAACUGAAAUUCUCAAGUUUCUUCAAAAUGGAACUUUAGUUGGUUUAUUGCCUGUUCCUCAUCCUAUCUUAAUACGAAAGUAUCAAUCUAACCCAGCUACUAAUCAUUGGUUCCGAACAUAUACUUGGGGAGUUAUUUAUAUCAGGAACAAUAAUCCACCUAUAUGGUUUGAUACUAAAGUGAAUUUGUUUGAAGUUUCACGUUCAGCAUCAUCCUAA